GCGCAGAACGACCCUACGUCACCAGGGGUAGGGUUGCCCUUGCGGAGAGCGGCGCGUGACAGGAAGAUGGCGGACAAGGAGAAGAAAAAGAAGGAGAGCAUCCUUGAUCUGUCGAAAUACAUCGACAAGACCAUCCGCGUGAAGUUCCAGGGUGGCCGAGAAGCCAGUGGGAUCUUGAAAGGAUUCGACCCACUGCUCAACCUGGUGCUGGAUGGAACCAUCGAACAUAUGCGUGACCCUGAUGACCAGUACAAGCUGACAGAGGACACGCGGCAACUGGGGCUGGUGGUGUGUCGAGGCACCUCCGUGGUGCUCAUCUGCCCACAGGACGGCAUGGAGGCCAUCCCCAACCCCUUUGUGCAGCAGCAGGAUGCAUAACUGCCAGGGGGUCUGUCCCCACCUCCAGACGACAGCCUGUCCCCACAGCGGGGCGGGACUAUCCCCACCUCCAGGCAGCCACUACUGGGUUGGGGGGGCUCUCCCCACCUCUCCGUGGCCUGUCUCCACAGCAUGGCAGGAUUAUCCCCACCUCCAGGUGGCCAGUCCCCACUACCAGGUGGGGGGAGCUGUCCCAACCUCUCUGUGGCUUGUCCCCACCACUGUGUUUGUAUUGCUGAGCUUUUGUUAGGUAAUUUUGGUUUGGGUGAUUUUUUUUUUUUAAUAAAAUGACCAACUUUGAGCAUCCAA